AUGGUACAAUUAUCGGACGUUGAAUUAUUCGAAGUAGCUUUACUGGAUGCAUUUAUUCGUAAUGGACAUCUUCCACCAAACACAGGGAAUCACACCACGACUCAAGUCGCUUUCAAUCGAUACUUUACCAUAAAACUCGUCGAAAAUCGUCUAAUUUUUCAUAUUGGUCGUGCGGUACUAAAUGACCCAAAAUCAGUACAAACAUUCUUACAAGUAUUUCGUGUAGUCCAACCAUUUCCUAUCACACAAUACUUUGAAUUUCGUCUUCAAUUAGAUUACAGUGAAAGAAAUUUGUCAGCUCUAACUCAAGAAUUAGCAAUGACAUACCAUAAUGGGGAUAAUACAGGCAGACUCGAACAUCCAUCUGAGCGAGUUUACACAUUGGACUUGACACAAUAUCAGCCCCACGCAGAUGUUACUCGUAUUGUUCACGCAUUCCAUGAAAGAAGUAAAUCAUCACCAGGUCGUUUUCAAUACUCGAAACAAUCGACAAAAAAUGCAUUUUUGGAGAUUUUGGCAGAUACGAAAAAGUUUAUCGCCGAGCAUCCAGUCUUGGUAAUUGGUACUACUGUUUCUUUGGUUGCUGUCAUCUUGUUGCCAUUUUUGUUCCCGGCCGGUGUCACUGCACUUGCUGCUCCUGCUAUGUACGGGAAUGUUGCCGUUUCUUGGGAGUCGUUAUAUAAUGAUGAAGUAGCCGCAGAAGAAAUUAUUGCUACUUUACAAUCAAUCGGUGCUUAUCAAUCAUAA